AUGCCCGGACGAACGUGGACGCGCUCGGACGUGGAGACGGUGACGACGCGAGCGCACGCGGGGGAAGAUGCGUCGACGCGCGCGUCGACGAAGCGGCAGGGGAAGACGUGGACGAGGGAGGGUGGAGACGACGACGGGACGCGCGCGGCGAAGACGCCAAAGCUGCGCGCCGAGGCGCGGGCGUUCGAGCCGGCGACGCAAAAGGCGAAGCGAGAAGCCUUAGAGGCGAAGUUGAGGGCGGUCGAGCGAGAGAAGGCGGCGUUAAGAGAGGCGCUCGAGCGCGCGGCGAGGGAGAAGGCGGAGAAGAAGGAAAGGGAGGCGGCGAAGGUCGCGGAGACGGCGCGCAGGAAAGUCGCGGCGGGUAACCUCCUGAGCGGUUUUCGCGGCGUCAGGAAAACGGUGGAGGAUCGGGAGGAGAAAUUGGCGAAACCGGUGGAGAAUGUAUCUCCGGAAGAGAUCGAGCGGCGCGCGGUGCGGCGCGUGCAGCUCGCAGGGACGGAUUGGCAAGUUCUCGACUUGCCGCCUGGGUCACAAAAGAAGUGGAUUGUGAAAAACUACCGCGACUUGGCGAAAAUCCUCCACCCGGACAAGUGCUCCGCCCCGGGAGCGAAGGAGGCGUUUCAGAAACUCAACAAGGCGUACAAGGCGCUCUCGGGAGGGUGA